AUGCAUCGCCCCAUCGCUAUCUACCUGCUGUGGUACGGCGCCUUCUCCGAUGCGCAGAAGGCGCUCGUCCGAGCCCUCAUCGCGUCUCUCAACCCGUCCGCCGAUGCUGCUCUCACUGGUGAGUGGGUGAACAUCAAUCGGCUUUACUACGAUCGAGACAUGAACUACAUUUCAGGGAAUGUGACUGUAAGGGGCGAGGUGGAGGACACGGGGUAUUCCCAAGGGACCAUGCUGCUGGACUCGGCUGUCGAUACGAUCAUCCGUAACGCGGUUACCAGCAACCAGCUGCCGUUUGACAAGGAUGGGGUGUACUUUGUGCUUUCAGACGAGACCGUCGAUCAGGUGUCGGAUGGGCUUGCCUUCUGCUCGCACUACUGCGGCUGGCACUGGUACACCAAGGUGCCGGGGCAGGGCCUGCUCGUGUCCUCCUGGGUUGGCAACGCCGGCUCCAAGUGUCGCUCCAGCUGCAUUGCGUCACAGCUCUUCAGCGGCCCCGGCCACUCUCCCAACGGGGACGUGGGCAUGGAUGGGCUGCUGUCGGUGUUUGCCCACGAGCUCGCAGAGGCCACUUCUGACCCGUUCAUGUCAGCAUGGUUCGACAACGAUGGAGAGGAGAACGCCGACAAGUGCGCCUGGGAGUAA